CUGCGUUCGUCCCGCCCCGUCAGGCUGGCCCGAGCUACCUGGGCGCUGCGGCCAUGACGGCGCGCGGGACUCCGAGCCGCUUCCUGGCCAGUGUCCUCCACAACGGGCUGGGUCGCUACGUGCAGCAGCUGCAGCGUCUCAGCUUUAGCCUCAGCCGCGACGCGCCGUCGUCUCGCGGCGCCAGGGAGUUCGUGGAACGGGAGGUGGCCGACUUCGCCCGACGGAACCCAGGGGUCGUAAUAUACGUGAACUCGCGGCCGUGCUGUGUGCCCAGAGUAGUGGCCGAAUACCUUAACGGGGCAGUGCGCGAGGAGAGCAUCCACUGCAAGUCAGUCGAGGAGAUUGCGACCCUGGUGCAGAAGCUGGCGGACCAGUCGGGCUUGGAAGUGAUCCGCAUCCGCAAGCCCUUCCACACGGACAGCCCUAGCAUCCAGGGCCAGUGGCAUCCCUUCACCAACAAACCGACAACGUUGGGUGGGCUGCGCCCGCGAGAGGUCCAAGAUGCUGCCCUAGCCCAGACACAAGUGCCAUGAAGAGUUGCCCCACCAACUCCAGUCCCAGGCUUUGGACUCCUACUCCAGGGGAGGUGGUUCUUCCUCUUUCGGUUCAGGGGAUUCCAAGCCCACACAGGCAGAUGGAGCCCACCAAAAGGGAAAUUGACGCCAAAGCUUUUGCUUGAGAUAAAGAAGAACCGUCUUUUCGUUGCUCAGGAGGAGGGGCAGUGACUUUGUCAGUCUCCCAAUUCUUCCCCAUUUGACAUCCCUGAAACUUGACUCUUCAAGGAUAUUAGAGGCAUUUAUUUCUGAAACCCACAUUGAUGAUAAUGAUCUCAAAUCCUGGCCAGCAGUUUCAAGAUUGGCGUCUGAAGAAUCCACAGUGUCCUAGGCCUGCAGCCAUUGAGCUACAGAGCUAGCAUCUUAUACUCUGCUGUGCAGCUGGCAUUAGGAUAACCACUUUAUAUCCGUGUGAAUGUUUAGAUUAGAAAACUGAGGUGAAUAAAUUUGCUCAAGGUUACACUUGAGGUCUUCAAAA